UUUCCUUGUGGCAGAAGUUCUUGACUUGAGCCCGCGCUUUGCAAACGCACAAUUACAAACAGCCAGCACUGCUUUUAUUCUCAUUUUCCGAAGACGCUGUAUUUCAAAAAGCGCAACCGCUUCUCCCCGACAAUACUGCCUGCAUUGUCCGCUCAAUUUUCUCCCUCCCGUAUCCUCGUUUGCAACGCCAUGUCGGAUGUUCAGGCUCCUUCAAAUCAGGGGUCAUCCGCUCAGCGGGGCAAUCGCCGAAACAGACUACGAGGCCCAAGACGUGGUGGGCGAGAAGGUGCAUCACGACCUGUGGGUGGUGAAAGCACUCAGCAGAUACCAAAUGGGACGACUCCUAGUGUGACGGUUUCCACUUCUGCCUCGAGUGAGGCAGUCCAACGCCCUGUCUCUCAGGACCAACGCCAGCCAGGAUCCAGAGGGGGGAGGGGGAGGCGGGGCCGGGGCUUCCAGGGACGAGGAGGUCGCUCCGCAAAUCAGCCUUCGGCCGUAGUACCCCAAAGGACCUUUGGUGGCCAUCUGACCUCGGAUCAAGGAGCAGGCGCUUCUCCUGGGCUAUCCUUGAGUGCUGAUGCCCCAGAGUUUGUACCUGGCCGACCCGUCACGUCGCGGAGAUCCGGCUCAUCUCGGCCUCAGGUUCCGGGACCUAGAUCAGGCCCCGGUUCGCAAUCCGGUCCGUCGAUGAAACCCACGGCCCAGUUCAGCCGACGAAGAGCUUCCAAGUCCUCGGCGCCGGAUCUGCCCACCCGGAUCCACGAUGAUAUCGAUAAUGGCCAGUACGAAUGCGUCAUAUGCACCAGCGAGGUGGUGAGAACCUCUCGCAUUUGGGCAUGCUCGAUUUGCUGGACUGUUGCCCACCUGCACUGCGUGAAGAAAUGGCAUACGAAUCAGAUCAAAAACCAGGACCCGAACCAACCGCAAAACCCAGAUCAGCCACCAGGCUGGCGGUGUCCGGGUUGCAACUCAUCUCUUCAAGGGGAGCCCGGUGCCUAUCACUGCUGGUGCGGUAAGGAGAUAAACCCGAAACCUAUUGCCGGACUCUCGCCCCAUUCAUGUGGACAGACCUGCUCGAAGCCAAGGGCGACUUGUCCACAUCCAUGUUCCUUGAUGUGCCACGCGGGACCGUGUCCACCAUGUACACUUAUGGGGCCAACUCAAACGUGUUACUGCGGCAAGAACACAUCUACUAAGCGGUGCAGCGAUACAGCAUAUGGCCAAGGGUGGGGCUGCCAGGAGGUCUGCGGUGACCCUCUCCCAUGUGGAGAGCAUACCUGCUCUCGGCCGUGCCAUUCGGGGCUUUGCGGCGGCUGCGAGGUCCCCGUUCUCUCGACAUGCUAUUGCGGGAAGGAGCAGAAAGAGCUCCCCUGUGAUCAGCGAGACACCGUCCGCGAUUCCUUCGACUAUGGCCAGCUGGAAUCAUCUGCCGCAUCCGAGGAACCGACCUCCUGGUUCGAAGGCUCGUUCAACUGCGCCAAGCGUUGCGGGCGCAAGUUCGAUUGCGGACACCACUCUUGUGAGAGAAUCUGCCAUCCUCAAGACGAACAGGCGGAACAUUGUCUCUUGUCACCGGACCUCGUGUCGCACUGCCCUUGUGGCAAGACACCGCUUAGAGAUAUCUCUGAGCGACCCCGGCAGUCAUGUCAGGAUCCUGUACCGCACUGUGACGAGGCCUGCAGUAAGCCACUUGGCUGUGGCCACGUCUGCGCCGACAAGUGCCAUACGGGCCCGUGCAGGACAUGCUUCCAGACUGUCGACAUAUCCUGCAGGUGUGGCCGGACCACGACGAAGUCCGUUUGCCAUCAAGGCGACAUACAGCCUCCACAAUGCUUCCGCAUUUGCCGCGCCCAGCUCAACUGUGGGAGACACGAAUGUGGGGACCAUUGCUGCUCGGGGGAGAAGAAGGCCGCGGAGCGCCGGAGGCAGAAGCGCAACGCCAAUGGGGAUUUCGAGGUUGAGCACAUAUGCUUGCAGACUUGUGGCCGCACUCUGAGGUGUGGAAAACACAGUUGCCAGCAGCUGUGUCACAAGGGCGCUUGCCCGUCAUGCUUGGAGGCCGUCUUCGACGAGAUCAGCUGCUCUUGUGGCAGGACGGUGCUCCAGCCACCGCAGCCUUGCGGAACAAGACCCCCCGAGUGUCGAUUUGAAUGCACGAAGCCUCGGCCAUGCGGGCAUCCAACGAUAUCUCACCAAUGCCAUCCGGACGACGCACCUUGCCCCAAGUGCCCGUUCCUGGUCGAGAAGAUAUGCAUAUGCGGCAAGAAGGCGUUGAAGAACCAGCCCUGCUGGUUUGAGGAAGCUCGAUGUGGACUCCCAUGUGGGAAGAAGCUCAAGUGUGGGACCCACGAAUGCAAGAAACUCUGUCACCGGCCUGGCGAAUGCGAGGAUGUCGCCAUCUCAGGCUCACGUUGCUCCCAACCAUGUGGUAAAGUCCGCAAAUCCUGCGACCAUACCUGCGUUGAGCAGUGCCACGCCCCGUACCCUUGCAAAGAAGACAAGCCCUGCCAGUCCAAGACGUUUAUCACCUGUCCCUGUCAACGAAGGAAGCAAGAGACCAGGUGCUUGGCAACGCGGCUCAACACCUGGCCGACCCGCGAGCCCCUGAAGUGCGACGACGAAUGCCUAACCUUGCAACGCAACCGUCGCCUCGCCGAAGCGCUCAACAUCGACCCCGAAACGCACACGAACGACCACGUGCCUUACUCGGACGCGACGCUGAAGCUCUUCAAGGAUAACGUCAACUGGGCGCAGGGGCAGGAGCGCGAGUUCCGCGUCUUCGCAGCCGACCCCGACGAGAAGCGGAUCCGCUUCAAGCCCAUGCCCUCCCACCAGCGUGCCUUCCUGCACGCCCUGGCCGAGGACUUCGGGCUCGACAGUGAGAGCCAGGACCCGGAGCCCCACCGCCACGUGUGCGUGUUCAAGACCCCGCGCUUCGUGUCCGCGCCCCGGAAGACGCUGGCGCAGUGCCUCCGGAUCGCGAGGACGGCCGCCGCCGCCGCCGCCGCCGCGUCGUCUCUCCGGCCACCGCCGACGACGACCGCCGGGCACAACCAGCUCUUCAACGCCUUCCUCCUGACCACCCCCCGCUUCGGGCUCACAAUCAACGAGGAUGCGAAGAAGGAGGCUGAGAGUCUUGAUGCCGUGGUGGAUGUGGAGGAAGGCGUCGCGGCGAAGUCGCCGGAUGUGGUCGCAGAGGCUUGAAGUUUGCACACUGUCUAAUCUUUAUGGUGACAUGCUGGUAUUCAGGGUGCUCCACCAUGCUGGUCCCUUGAGAGAGGGUGGUUUGGUUGGUAGUCCCAAGCAUUGAGGCACCUGAUGAUGCCCUCGCCUACGUGCAGAUCCUCAACUACAUACCUAGUUUAAUAUCCACGGCUCUCGAGGCCGGACAAAUGUGAGCCUCCUCUAUAAGGAUGUCUUCAGUCUCCGACUAGAAUUCUACUUCAG